AUGUUGUGGACAAAGUUGUUGAUUGGGCUCUUUGCCGCGUCAGGGGUAGCUCAGUCCACCGACGGUCUCUAUGAUCUGGUUAAGCGGAGAUUGCCGAACCACGUUGAUAAUUUUCGCUUUAGUCUGGUUUCCAAUAUCACUGAAGGCAAUGGCGGUUAUGAUCAAUUUAUGGUUCAGGAAGCUCCGAAUGGCAAGGUAAUCGUGCAGGGAACAUCUCUUAGUGCGCUGUCGUCAGGUCUCCAUCGUUAUUUGACCGAUAUCGCCCAUGUCGACAUAUACUGGUUCAUUGGCAGCCAGCUGGAUCAGGCACCUGCUAAUCUUCCUCGUCUCCGCGCUCCAAUUGUCGGCGCGAGUACUGUUCCCUGGAGAUACCACUUCAAUACAGUCACCUUUUCUUAUACCACUGCUUACUGGUCAUGGGAGGACUGGGAGACUGAGCUAGACUGGAUGGCCCUGCGUGGCAUCAAUCUCCCUCUUGCGUGGGUCGGCGCCGAGAAGAUCAUGGUAGAGGUAUUCCGAGAAGUCGGACUCACCGACGCAGAGAUUGCAACUUUCCUCAGCGGGCCAGCUUUCCAAGCCUGGAACAGAUUCGGAAAUAUCCAAGGCUCUUGGGGUGGCGACUUGCCCUCGGCAUGGAUCGACGGACAAUUCGCUCUUCAGAAGAAAAUUGUACGUCGCAUGGUCGAGUUAGGAAUGACCCCUGUGCUCCCUGCAUUUACCGGUUUCGUUCCCGACAAUUUCACCCGCGUAUAUCCAAAUGCGAGUGUUGUCCGUUCAUCAUCUUGGAAUGGGUUCCAGACCCAAUACACCAAUGAUUCAUUCCUUGAGCCGUUUGAUGAUCACUUUGCGCCACUACAAACUAGUUUCCUUCAAAAGCAACAAGCAGCUUAUGGUAACGUGACUCACGUUUAUACUUUGGAUCAGUAUAAUGAAAUGAAUCCUUACUCAGGAGACUUGGAUUAUCUCCGCAACGUUACCAGCACUACUUGGCAGAGUCUCAAGAAUGUUGACCCUGACGCGAUUUGGAUGAUGCAGGGCUGGUUGUUUUACAGCUCGGAGGACUUUUGGACUGAUGAGCGGGUGGAGGCUUAUCUUUCUGGUGUUGAAGACGACAACGAUAUGUUGAUUCUCGAUCUUUUCUCCGAGUCCGCGCCUCAAUGGCGUCGCACAGACUCCUAUUAUGGCAAGCCGUGGAUCUGGUGUCAACUGCACGACUACGGUGGCAACAUGGGCCUUUACGGUCAGAUCUCGAACAUUACUCAGAACGCGUCACAGGCGCUGACCGAGUCUUCUUCUAUGGUCGGAUAUGGACUCAGUCCUGAAGGUCAAGAAGGCAAUGAGAUCGUUUAUGAUUUGCUCUUGGACCAGGCUUGGUCCUCAACUCCGAUCAACACACAGAAAUACUUCCACAACUGGGUGACUAGCCGGUACUCCGGCUCUGGGUCUAUUUCCCAGGGGCUGUAUGAUGCAUGGGAAACUAUGCGAAAGCCCGUCUAUGACAACACCGAUCUCGACGACAUUGUCUCUGUGGUCAAAUCUAUUUUCGAGCUUAAGCCAGCUAUUCAGGGUCUUGUCAACAAGACUGGUCACCAUGGCACAAUGCUUACCUACGACCCAUCGGUGGUCGCACAGGCAUGGCAAUCUAUGUAUCACGCUGCUAAUAGUGAGCCAAAACUGUGGAGCAACCCGGCCUACCAGCAUGAUAUGGUCGAUGUAACUCGCCAGGUGAUGGCCAACGCCUUCAUCUCACUGUAUAACAAUCUGAUCUCGAGCUGGAAUUCAUCUAAUCCGAACAGCACAACACUGUCGCACGAAGGAGAGAAGUUGAUCCAGCUUUUGACUGACCUUGACUCUGUCCUUUCGACCAAUGAGAACUUCCGACUUUCAACAUGGAUUAAAUCCGCUCGAGCCUGGGCUCAUGGCGACAAAAGUCAAGCUUCAUUCUACGAGUACGACGCUCGUAAUCAAAUCACUCUGUGGGGUCCCCGCGGGGAAAUCACUGACUACGCCUCAAAACAAUGGGGCGGUCUUGUGUUGUCGUACUAUGUCCCUCGAUGGAAGAUUUUUGUGGAAUAUUUACAGUCAACCACUGUGUCGGCAUACAAUGCUACAGCUUUGGGGGAUCAAUUGCUAGAUUUUGAACUUGGAUGGCAAGACCAGACGUGGUCGGACGAAUCUUCCGAGAACACAGCUGACCUAAAGAAGGUGCUGACACAAGUGCAUCAACGGUGGCAAACUGUUUUUGCUGCGUGA